CAUAGUAUGAUCAUGGCGGUAAGGAGCCUAUUUUUUCUACUACUGUUUAUACAGCUGGGUCUGGCGCUGGACAAGGCCUCCAUCCACGCAUUCAACCCCAGUCGUCUUCAACGGCACAAAGUUCUUCAUCUUGAUUGGCCAAAAGACUGUGGCCUGGCUCAUUUCAAACCAAACACAGCUGAGCGUAUCGUAUCAGGCAAUGAAGCGCGACCUCACUCCUGGCCAUGGCAAGUUUCACUGCAGGUUCGUCCCAGGGGGAGUAAACAUUACUUACAUGUGUGCGGAGGAACCCUGAUCCACAAGAACUGGGUUCUCACUGCGGCACACUGCUUUCAAAAGGGAAAAGCAGAGGACCCUGGCAGUUGGCGUAUUGUUUUGGGUAAACACCAGUUGAAGAGAUCGGAGUCCGCCGAGCGUUUUUUCCCCGUGAAGAGGAUCUACAGACAUGAGCAUUUCCGUUAUCCGGCCCACAGUGAGCUGGAUUAUGACAUCGCAUUGGUCAAAGCCGCCACGGAUAUCCAGACAACUGAUUUCAUCCGCUACGCCUGCCUGCCGCGCAAGCAGACCAACCUGAAACCAGGACACUACUGCUGGGUAACUGGCUGGGGAGACACACGAGGUGGGAAGGAAAAUGUGUCGCUGGCUGAGACGCUGAAUCAAGCUCGACUCCCCAUCAUUGACCAUAAGACCUGCAAACAGAAGAAGUUUUGGGGUGACCGAGUGAGGGACUCCAUGAUCUGUGCUGGGUUCAGAGAUACAGAGGGCACGCCCGCCGCCUGCCAGGGCGAUUCUGGUGGCCCUCUGCUGUGUCAGGUGGGGCAAGACCGCUGGGAAGUCCAUGGCGUUGUAAGCUUCGGCCCCAUCGGAUGCACGGUGGAGAACAAGCCCAGCGUCUUCACUCGCACCGCGGCUUACAUCCCGUGGAUAGAGGCCACACGCAUCAGGGAUAUCUUCUUGCACUGAUCUCACUUCCCAGAAUUCCCUGCCAACAUCUGCUGUGUUAUGUCCCAGUCUGGAUCCAGUCCUCCUGUUGUGUAUGUGGAAUGGUGUACAACACAACCACCAAAGUUAGGGUAGUCUGCACCGCUUUCUAGGUCAUUUCUUCACUAUGCAUGUGAGAUUCUUCUGGGCUUGGCUUAAGUAUCUCAACCACAAAGUUUUUGCUUCAGCUAAAUUCCACACAGAUCACCUGGUGUUCAGCAAGCUAUAAAUCCUGGUUGUUGUAAGUCACAUUCAUCAUUUUCUGUGAGGACUGGCAUAUACAGAUACCCUCUCUCUUGGGCAGUCCAUUGCUCAGUCCCUAAGGUGCUUUUAUGGUCAAGUAGACAAUCUCUUAUAUUAUUACAGCUGCUAUGGUCUCAUUUCACAAAGGUUUUCACUGAAUAGAGAAAAGGUCUUUUCAUAGAAGAUGGAAAUUGGAAUCCCCAAUUUAAGGUGCAUUGUGUAACUUAUAGAAGGAUCUCUUGACAGAAAUGCAAUAUAAUAUACAUAACUAUAUUAUAAGUGGUGUAUAAACAUAUGGUUUUAUUACCUUAGAACAGGGCUAUUCAAAUCUUACCCUGGAGGGCCGGAGCACUAGAGUUUAGCUCCAACCCUAAUCAAACUUAUCCACCUGUGAUUGUCAAGUGAUAAUGAAGACCUUGAUUAGCUUGCUUAGGUGUGUUUGAUCAGGGUUGGAUCUAAAUUCUGCCAUGCUCGGCCCUCCAGGGUAAGAUUUUUAUCUACAUACACCGUGGUUCGCCUUACAUGGCAGUCGCCAUCAUUUUCUACAGUAGCCCUAAACGGACAAACUGCUCUACAGAGCAUGUUUUGUCACUAGAUUAUCUCAGAUAAUGACAUGUUUGUCUUGUGGCGACUACUGUAGCUUCACUAUAUGCUUUGAAAGGGAGGGGUGGUCUGAGCGGUUGGUUGCAAUUCACAGUCUCACCACUAGAUGCUGCUAAAAAUCUACACAGUGCACCUUUAAAUUGUAAAAUACCAAACAAAGCUUGGGAAAGAACAAAAAUCAGUUAUUGUAUUUAAUUAAUGCAUAAAAUAUAAGUACAGUGCUAACUGGAUAUUAGACAAAAAAAAUCAUAAAUAAUAAACAUGUAAACCUGCCUGUGAAAACCCAGCUAAAACCUGUUUCUACAUAAAAUCAUCCCACAAAACAUUGAAAAGUUAAAAAAAAAUAAUUUACUAAUUUAAGUUUUUUUUUUUAAGGUAAGUGGUUUCAAUCAAUUUAUUUAAGCUACAUUAAAAAAAAUAGAAAAAUAAAAUAAUUUUGUUUAGAUGUAGCUUAAAUAAAUUGGUUGCAACCACUUACUUUAAAAAAAAAAUGAGUAAAUUAAAUGAAUAUUUUUUUCAGUGAAAUGUAAAGAACAUUCUGUGAAUAUAUAACCUUGAUAUCUUUAAUACUGACUAGGGUCAUGUCUAAGUGAUAUCAAACUUUGGAUGCUCCUAAUCUCAUCAUUAGAUUACAAGAUUUUAGCCUGGAUUGCACAGACCUGUCACAUAUCAGUGUAAGAAUUUCUUAUAAUGCUUUCCCUCUGCAAAAUAUAACCACAUGUAUAACUAGACAUGUAAAACAAAUCAUAAACCUUAACAGUAAAAUAACAAAUUCUGUAAUAUGUCAUUCUACACCGAAUACACUGUUCAAAUAAAUGUGUAAAACAAGACC